ACGCUGGUGCUGCUGCGAAUCCCGGUGUGGCACCAUGUCCACACCAGUGGAAAGUGUGUGCUGCAAGGAGCAGUGCAAGGUCAAAGAGAAGGCUGGGAGCCUUCCCUGCAUUACAACGCAUAGGCUCUUCGAGCUAUACUGCCUGAACAGAAAUAUCCUGGACCUAGAGUACAGGAAGCUGAGAGUCUGCCGGCCUCUCAGCACGAGAAACAUAAAGGAGAUAAAUGCUAAGUACAGGUACACGGCAUACUGCCAAUUCGUUUGGUGGGUACACGGAAGGCUAGGAAAGGAGAACCGGGUCACCUUGCCCAGCUGCGUGGUGACCAGGGUCCGCAAAGAGUUCCCCGCCCCGAACCCUGCAGACUACACGGGCUUCAAGCAGUCGUAGUGCUGAGUAAGUUCGCAUGCUAUCUACCUUCAAAC